GCCAGCUCCCUUCGCUUCUCGGUGCGGCGCCGCGAUGCCGAGAACCGACCGGCGGGCGACGGUGGACGUGGAGGACCUGCUGGUGCGCGUCAAGAACGGCGCCCAGCCCGAGCUCGGCGAGGUGGCGCGGGAGGUCGCCGCGCUGGCCCAGCAGGGGAGGCUCGGCGACGACGACGACGAGGACGGGCUCCUGGUACCGGCGCUGCUCGCGCGCCUCGCCGGCACGGCCGACGCCGAGGCCAGGGUCCUCGUCAUGGCCGCGCUGCGCCGGCUCGCGGCCUGCGCCGGCGGAAGCACCAAGGAGAGGAUGGCGAGCAUCGAGGCACUUUCAAGCAUUGUGCGUUCCUUGACUAGAGAUGUUGACGAGAGAGGGGAAGCGCUUGCGCUGCUAUUGGAUUUGUCAGACAUUCCGCAGGUUCGACAGAGGAUUGGAAGGAUCAAAGGAAGCAUAGUAAUGCUAGUCACGUUGAGGAACGCACAUGAAUCAGGAACCCAUGAUGACGCGGAGAAGUUGCUGCACAUUUUGUCAGCCAACCCGCAGAAUGUGCUGCUCAUGGCAGAGGCUGGCUAUUUUCGACCAUUGAUACAUUACCUGAAAGAAGGUUCAGAUAUGAACAAGAUCCUAAUGGCAACCGCCAUUUCUAAAAUCUUCCUCUCUGAACAGAUGAAAUCUUCCCUUGGAGAAGAUGGAGCAAUUGAGCCUCUUGUGGAGAUGUUUAAAUCUGGAAACCUUGAAGCCAAGCACUCGGCCCUAGGUGCCUUGCGUAAUCUCUCUAGCUCUCUACAAAACGCGGAACUUUUGGUAAAAUCUGGCAUAACUGGAUCACUGCUUCAACUUCUUUGUUCUGUCACAUCAGUGCUCAUGACUCUUAGAGAGCCUGCCUCAGCUAUACUCGCAACUAUGGCACAGUCUGACCAUAUCCUGCUCCAGAGGGAUGCAGCUCCUCAGAUGCUCUCGCUUCUUAACUUAUCGUGUCCAGUAAUUCAACUCCAUCUUCUAAGGGCCCUCAAUAGUAUUUGUGGGCACACAAACGCUAAGAGGGCUAGAGCUAAAAUAAGAAAAAAUGGUGGGUUGCAGCUCCUCCUGCCAUUCCUUAGAGAAAAGAAUGUUGGUAUCAAAAUCGCUGCUUUGAAUUUAAUGUUCAAUCUAUCAAAAGAUGCUUCUCAAGAACUGACUGAACAGAUCAGGGAGACCCAUCUUGAUAUUUUAGUAAAGAUUAUUGCUUCGCCUACACCUGGGAAUGACGAGAAGGCUGCAGCUAUUGCUGUCCUAAGUAACCUGCCGGCAACGGAUAAGAAUGUAACUAAGUUUCUAACACAAGCAAACUUGCUUCCACUUCUGAUCUCCUUACUGGAAGCCAACAUCUCAACAUCUUCGUCGCCACAAAAGAUGUGGUUACUGGAGGGCAUUGCUGGUGUAUUAACUCGGUUCACCGUACCUUGGGAUAAGAAACUACAGAGCCUAGCGGUUGGACAUGGGGUAGUCCCUUGCCUCGUUAAGUUACUUUCAGAAGGAUCAGUAAAGGCGAAGUCUAAAUCGGCGACAUCCUUGGCUCAACUGUCACAGAAUUCAGUAGCAUUACACAAGACAAAAUCACCAAGGUGGCUAUGUGUUCCCCCAUCAGCAGACUCUUACUGUAUAGUUCACAACUGCCAGUGCACUGUCAGAAGCACUUUCUGCCUAGUAAAGGCUGGUGCCGUCAAACCUCUGGUGCAAAUACUAGAAGGCGAAGAGCGCGGAGCAGAUGGAGCAGUACUGGAAGCACUGGCCACCCUUGUGCAGGACGAGAUUUGGGAGAACGGGAGCAACGUUAUUGCGAAGGCAUCAGGUGUUCACGCUCUGCUUAGAGUAGCAGAAGCAGGCGAGCUGACUUCCCAGGACAAGGCGCUAUGGAUACUGGAGAGGAUCUUCCGGAUCGAAGCCCAGAGAGAGCGGUACGGCGGGAUCGCACAGGCUUUGCUCAUCGAUCUUGCUCAGAAAGGAGACCCUGUCCUGAAACCGAUGAUCGGGAAGAUACUCGCUCACCUCGAGCUUCUGCAAACACAGUCGAGCUACUUUUAAGGGGUCGGCGUUACACAGUGAUGCUAGUUGAAUGACGUGGGCAGCCACCGAUGCUCUUCAAGGAGGUGUGGUACAUAUUGUACAGGAUGUUUGAAGUGCAACAUCUCCUUGCUCCAGCAAGAAGUUUUCUCCUGGAAUAUACAGGGAGAUUCUGCUAUGGCGAAGUACUGUUGACAGUUACUGUGUAUUUCCUGCUCAUUUUUGUUUGCUGAAGUAGUGAGCUGUAUAGUUUCUUUAGUAAAUUCUGUGUCCAGUGAGUUCCUUCAUGUUUAUGUAGAUAAGUACAUGCAACCAUUGUUUUGUACAGCACAUUUGUUCCGACUCCUAAUGAUUCCAAUUGGUCUACCA